CUGAUUAUAAUUUUUUUAAUAGCUUCACUAUAUAGCUAUGCGAGUAAUUGUUUGAUAACAAAAUAUGGCAGAGGAUGUAAAUAACAGAUUCCGAAAUAGGAUGGUAUCAACAUCCACAGAAUCACCUCACUCAUCAAAUGAUAGGUCAGUGCCAAACAAAAAAGAUGAGGAUAAACCACGUGAGGAAAUAAGGGGAAACGAACGUCACAUUCUCUUUCAUUUUUUCACACUGUUUAGCAUCAGUUUUAUCUGCGGGAUUUUUUUAAUACACCUGAGUUUGUGGCUUAAUUCAUAUAUUCAUGCUGUCAUGUCACCAGUGAGGCCUUUCGAUAGUGAGAACACAGAGAACGGCCUUUAUACUGAAGAGUACAAGAAUGUAACUACUAUACAACAUGAACCAAGCGAGACCUAUUAUUCAUCCGUUUACACACAAGAUGAGACUAUUAAAGAAGUCUUCAUGUCCCCAUUUUACUAUACCGGGACUUAUUUUAAUCCAGUCAGGCGCAAUGUUACGUACCAUAAUCAUGAAGGAUACCACGAUUUUUCAAAUUAUUCAGCAAUAAGAUAGAGAACUUCUUAUUAUCAAUGAAAAGAUUUGCAAAUUGUCAACAAUAUUAUCGCGGGACGGAAUACUGGAAAUAAAUUGACAAGUUUGAUCAUGUAGUAUAGGAAUCAUCUGCAAAUUCAAGCAAACUUAAUAUAAAAUGUGAAAAUUGUUCAUUUUUGAAGAACAUCACUGCAGACUACAUUUCAUUUUUGGUUCAUGCUUGGUAUUGAUAUAAAUUUUUAUAUAUAACUAGUAAAAUUAUAUUGUUAUUAAAUUAUGGAAUGUUUUUACAUUUAAAAUCUUUCUAGGUGUAACCAUAUAUAUGAAUCCUCAUACACAAAAUUAUCAACAAAUAUUAGAUGACAAAUUAUACACAAAGUGUCAAGGUGGUUGAGGCCUGAAUUUUCAGUCAAAUCUUUCUGUUUCAUAAAUAUUUAUUUGAAAAAUUCUACUUACUGUCUAUGUUGAAAGUAUGCCUCUAAAAAUUAAGCACAUUACUGGCCAUGCUUGAUCAAAUACUGAUUAUUUUAUAUGAAUGGUUUCAUGUUAAAUUGCUCCAUAAGUGUGCGUGGAUUGAAUAUGGCCGAUCAAUAUAUUUUAAUCUUUGUAUUUAAAUAUUCUGAGUCGAAAUAAUGUUUCUUUCAUGAGCUGAGUUUAGUUGGUAUUGCGCAAUAAAAUUCAGAGGAGGUGUGUUUCUUUA